GAGAUAGAGACAAAGGGUGAAGAGAGAAGACGACGUUUGUUGGAUGUUUCAGUUGAGUAUUACUUAAAAGGGUAUAUUAUUAUAUGAAGGAAGGAAGCAUGGUGACGGACCAAGAGAUAGCCAGAGGGGUCGAGAACUUGCUCCGGCAUUCCGACCCCUCCGUCGCCACCACCUUAAACGGCGUCGUUCAGCAGCUGGAAGCCAAGCUAGGUGCCGACCUCUCCCAUAAAGCUGGCUUCAUUAGGGACCAAAUAAACCUCCUGCUCCGUCCCCCACAAACCCAGGCUGAGUCUCCUCCUAAAGACCAUUUUAACCUCCAACAUCAACCCCACGAACAUUUUCCUCCCCAUUUUGCCUUCCACCCUCAUCACUCUCAAUUUCCUUCCCACAACCUCAACUUCCGCCACCCCCAUCCUCCUCUCACCGCUCAACCACCGCCUCAGCUCCUGCCCCAAUUGCAGCAGCUACAGCCCCAGCCGGUUGUCACGAAAGCUGAAGUUUCCGCUCAAAAUGUCGCUCACAUUGCCACCACUGAAGUGCCCAAAGAAAGUGCUCCAGUUGCACCCAAAAGAAGAGGUGGGUCAGGGGGUCUGAACAAAGUUUGCAGUGUUUCACCAGCACUUGAAGCCAUAGUUGGUGAGCCAGCUUUGGCGAGGACCGAGAUUGUCAAGCAGCUGUGGGCAUAUAUAAGGAAGAACAGCUUGCAAGAUCCGAGUAACAAGAGAAAGAUAAUUUGCGACGAAGCCUUACGUGUAGUGUUUGAGACAGACUGCACUGACAUGUUCAAGAUGAACAAGCUGCUGGCAAAACAUAUUACCCCACUUGACCCCUCAAAGGAAUCAAGUCGAACAAAAAAAGGAAAGGUAAAUACCAAGUCCACCACUGAAGGUGUCAAACCAGGUCCCAAACCUGUAAUUAUAUCUGAGGCACUUGCCAAGUUUUUGGGUGCUGAAGGAAGGGAGAUGGUAGCAGCGGAGGCAGAAAAUCGUGUUUGGGAAUACAUAAAGGUUAAUCAUUUGGAGGAUCCAUCAAACUCAAUGGUGGUACUGUGUGAUGCCAAACUUCGUGAGCUUCUCGGAUGUGAAAGCAUAUCCGUGAUGGGAAUACGUGACUCACUACUACAUCAUCAUUUACUUAAGCAGUCCUGAGAUCUCUGAUAUAGAUCUGCCAAUGUUGACUGGUUGGGGGUAUAGGACCUUGGUAAUUCCAGCUAUCUCUGAUGGUAGAACAGAUGGUGAAGACCUUUCUCGUUUCUACUUGUUUGUUUGUUGUAUUUUGUGCAUUCGACGUCUUUAGAUUCUAAGCUUUUGAAGUAAUUUGCUUGUUUAUGGUCGGAAUGAAAAAUGUACGACGGGCAUCAAGGCAAGAAUAUUUUGUGGUUUUGCCAUUAGCCCAGAAGUCUAGGUGUAGUUUGUUUAUUUUGUUGUAGACCGUCAUCUUUCGGAUGCUAACCUUGAAACUGAACUGGAAGUUGUAAUGGAAAAUAUAAGUUUUAUCUUA